ACCAUCGUGCAUCACCAUGGCGAGUUGCUCCUUCGCUGGCGACCAAGCGACAAGGAGUCUGAGAGCUGCAGCAGCGGCAGAAGCGGCUGCUCUAGCAGCGGUGGCGACCACCCUGUUGCUUUCCUCGGGAACCCCGACCGCACUCAUUGGGACCGGGUCAUCUUGUCCGGGAGCCAUGUGGCUCUCCUCGGCCACUGGCUCCCGGUCAGACUCGGAGUCCGAGGAGGAGGACCUCCCCGUCGGGGACGAAAUCUGCAAGCGCGGCUACCUGCGGAAGCAGAAGCAUGGGCAUAGGCGCUACUUCGUGCUCAGACUCGAGACCGCUGACGCCCCAGCAAGGCUGGAAUACUACGAAAAUGCCAGGAAGUUCCGGCACAGUGUCCGCGCCGCGGCAGCUGCAGCAGCGGCGGCCGCCUCAGGCGCCGCGGUCCCCGCGCUCAUCCCCCCGCGACGCGUGAUCAUCCUGUACCAGUGCUUCUCGGUGAGCCAGCGAGCCAAUGCGAGGUACCGACACCUCAUUGCCCUUUUCACCCAGGACGAGUACUUCGCUAUGGUGGCCGAGAACGAGUCGGAGCAGGAGAGCUGGUACUUGCUGCUCAGCCGCCUCAUCGUCGAGAGCAAGCGCCGCCGCUGCGGCACUCCCGGCGCGCAGCCUGACCCAGAGUCGGCCGCGGUAGCGGCCGCAGCGGCGGCGGAGCCACCCUUCUACAAAGAUGUGUGGCAGGUAGUAGUCAAGCCGAGGGGGCUGGGGCAGAGAAAAGAGCUGAGCGGCGUGUUCCGGCUGUGCCUUACCGACGAGGAGGUAGUGUUUGUGAGGCUGAACACCGAAGUGGCCAGCGUGGUCGUCCAGCUCCUAAGCAUCCGUCGCUGCGGACACUCGGAGCAAUAUUUCUUCUUGGAAGUCGGUAGGUCCACCGUCAUCGGUCCGGGGGAGCUCUGGAUGCAGGUCGAUGACUGUGUGGUGGCUCAAAACAUGCACGAACUGUUUUUGGAGAAGAUGAGAGCCUUGUGUGCUGAUGAAUACAGAGCCCGCUGCCGCAGCUACAGCAUCAACAUCGGCACCCACCUGUUAACCCUGCUUUCCGCUAGGAGGCACCUGGACGUGCGGCCGUUCGAGGAUGGUGGCUGGCUCAGAAGGUCCCGCUUUGAAGAGUUUUGCCAAUUUAGGGUCAUCGGUGAUGGGGAAGAUGAGAUGCUCCUCAUCAGGUGCUUCGUAUCAGCCAGCGAGCCUGUGCAUCCCUCCAGGCGAGGAAGACUGCACCUGCCCAGAGUGCGCAGGACCAGGAGAGCGAUUUCAGUGCCAGCCAGCUAUUUUCGCCAUUUAGCCCCCAGCCGGGUGCGUGCCCCAAAUCCUGCAGAAGCCCCCAACGACGGAGCUUGCCUGUCUUCUGAAGCACCUGGCUCCCUCUCUGGCAACUCUGGGGAGGAAGGCAAUCCUCAGGGCAAGGAAGAUCUGGAAGGAAGUGCAGGGGACUAUAUGCCCAUGAACAAUUGGGGCUCAGGGAAUAGCCGAGGCUCAGGAGGUUGUCAGGGUGCAAGUGGCCAGGGCUCCAGUAGCCAGAGCUCAGGAGGAAACCAGUGCUCCGGUGGGGGGCAGGGGUCCGGAGGCGGCCAGAAUUCAAGUGGCAGCCAGGGCUCAAGUAACCAGGGCACCAGAGGAAACCAGUGCUCAGGAGAUGGUCAGGGGACCGCAGGUGGCCACGGCUCAAGCAGUGGUCAGGGGGCUGGAGGUGGCCAAGGCUCAGGUAGUGGCCAGGGGCCUGGAGGGGGCAAGGGCUCGGGUGGUGGUAAGGACUGUGGAAGGGGCAAGGGCUCAGGAAGUGGGAAAGACUCAGAUGGUAGUGGUGAACGUGGAAAAUCUCUGAAGAAAAGAUCCUACUUUGGCAAAUUAACUCAAAGUAAGCAACAGCAAAUGCCACCACCUCCACUACCUUCACCCCCCCCCCCACCAGCUAGGGCAACUGGUGGAAAAGGGAAGUCUGGGGGAAGAUUCCGACUUUAUUUUUGUGCUGAUAGAGGAGCCACAAAAGAACGCAAAGAAGUCAAAGAGGCAGAGACACCAGAAGGUGCAGCUCGGUGUCCCCACAGAGCCAGAGCUUUUGAUGAAGAUGAGGAUGAUCCAUAUGUGCCAAUGAGACCAGGGGUUGCUGCCCCUCUCACAAGCUCCAGUGAUUAUAUGCCAAUGGCUCCUCAAAAUGUCUGUGCUUCAAAAAAGCACCAUUCUCGAUCACCUUUUGAAGAUUCCAGAGGGUACAUGAUAAUGUUCCCCAGAGUGAGUCCACCACCUGCCCCAAGUCCUUCAAAAGCACCUGAUCCUAAUAAAGAGGAUGAAUCAAAGGACAACGACAGUGACAGUGACUAUAUGUUUAUGGCUCCUGGGGCUGGUGCAAUUCCCAAAAACCCCAGAAAUCCUCAGGGCGGCUCUUCCUCCAAAAGUUGGAGCUCCUACUUCUCUCUGCCAAAUCCUUUUCGGAGUUCUCCCUUGGGACAGAGUGACCACAGUGAUUAUGUACCAAUGUCACCUGGAAAAUUCCUGGGAAGGGGCCUAGACAAAGACGCCUCACCUAAUGGGGCCCUCAAAGAUGCAGAUUUAAAGCCUUCAGUUGAGGCAUCCUCAUUCUCAAAGCCUGGAGAUGGGGGUGCAUCGAAGCCUUCAGAUGAUGUGCCCCCAAAGAACAAAGCUAAGAGAACUAACCGACUUACUUUCAUUAAGAAAGGAAAUAAAAUCAAGCCAAAACCACAAAAGCCUACACAUCAGCAGAGAAAAGCAGACAGUUCUAGUGACUAUGUCAACAUUGACUUCACUAAAAGAUAUAGCAAUAUGCCAGCUUCCACUACUCAAGGACUGCCGGUUUCGUGGGGCAGAAUUGCUAACAUCAGGCGGUCAGCCUUUUCUAAUUACCUGAAUGUUCAGUUUGGAGGGCCAUUUCCAAAUCUAGGAAACGACCUCUCGUAUCUUUUAAGAGCUAUUCCAGGUGCCAACCUCCGAUUUCUGGACGGUGCUAGGUGGCCACUUCCUCUUCUUCUUCCCAGUGCUUCAGGUAACAGUGCUAAUGAGGAAGAAGGUAACUACAUUGAAGUGAUUUUCAACCCAGCAAUGACACCAGCCGUGCCUUUUGCUGACGGUGCCAUUCGCUAUGAUGCCGAAACAGGUCGAAUCUAUGUGGUCGACCCGUUUUCUGAGUGCUGUAUGGACAUUUCUCUCUCCCCUAGCCGAUGCUCUGAACCGCCACCUGUAGCUAGGCUGCUGCAGGAAGAAGAGCAAGAGAGAAGACGCCCACAAAACCGCUCGCCAAGUUUCUUGGCAGCUGCCAGAGGCGCUGUUUCGGCUUUACCAACUGACAGCUUCGAGAGAGAUUUUUCUGCCUCCGCCGCCGCCGCUUCGGCCAGCGCGCCAACCUUAGCUGUGGGUCGGGCUCUCGCCGCCGCCUCUGCCCUUGCUGCGGCCCCGGCUGUCGGCGCAGCAGCUGCGGGCUUGGAGGCAGCCGCUGGAUUUGACUCCGCCUCCAUCCGCUGGUUUCAACCUGUUGCUAAUGCAGCUGAAGCCGCAGCAAUUAGGGAGAUCCGAGACACUGCCCGUGGCUCGAACCCCGAAGUCCAAAACCCACCUGCAGACCUUGACCGAGGUGAGAACGGGGGCGGUGAGGCUGCCUCUGCCGCUCCCCCCCCACCACCUCGUCGCCGCGGUCUGGUGCCAAGACCCCCGGAGCCAGAAGAUUCUGACAACGAUGACACUUACGUGAGAAUGGAUUUUGCCAGACCUGAUAACGAGAAGUUCGACUCUCCCAAAAGAGAGUGAUUCCAUUGCCACAAAAACACAAUUUAGAGAAAAGUGAUGUUAGUCUACUCCAGAUCUGCCUACAAGAAAGAAAAUUCAGAGGUUUCUGAAUAUAAAGCCACCAUAAUUUCUACAACCGUACAAAUGGACACUGGCAAUUGCAUGGUCCUUUCAUACAGGUCAUUUGUACUGCUGCCUUAUGGAUCCAGUGAUUUUGAAUUAAGGGUAUUCACACUGUGCUUUGUUUUUGUAUUCUGGUUUCCCUCUCUGUCUCUUUGUAAGGAAACAAAUGCUAUCAAAGCGAUCAUCUCAUACCUCUUUCCUUUCCCUUUUUAAAAAAAAAAAGUCAUUUACAGUAUGUGUAAGAUGUGGCCAUAUCAAUUUUAAUGAUGUUAAAAUACUUAGGUUUAACUUUGAACUUGAAAAACAUUUAAACAAAGGCAGAUGAAGAAAAAAGUUAUGUUCAUGAGAAGGUAGGUAUGAUCUGGGAUCUUUUUAUUCUUAGUAGUACAUACACAAAACAUUUCUUGAUCAAAGAAUUAAAUGUCAACUGAGCUGAUAUCUUGAUGGGGUAUCUCCAGUAUUUGAAAGACAGAACCAAAGAACAGAUUAUCUCAGUUCUUGCUCAUUAACAAAACUGCAACAUUCUGUCCGCAUUUAAUGUCAAAUAAAUUAAUAUCUUGAUUGAGCAUUUCUAACUUGAAAGGCAGAACUGAGGAACAGAUUGUCUAUUUGUUCACAUACAGUAUUGUGACGGUUUGCUUUCAAAUCAAUAGAGCAUUUCAAAACCUAUUUUUCUUUUUCUUUCCUUUUCUUUUCUUCAUACAUUUUACCCCUACAAGAAGCAAGGUUCAUAAAAUGUCUCCUCACAAGGCCCCUUUUCUGUUUCUCUGGGCCUCCCUCCUUUCACCCUCCAUUCUUCCCCUCUAUCUGACACACCCUCUCCCUCCUAUGCCCAGGACUCCUAUAAAGAAAUCAGUUUCCCAUAUUCAGGAAAGUAGUGUGCAGUUACCAAUCAAUAUUCUAACUAAAACUCAAGCCAGAAGGAACCUCUUAUUAGGCCUUGUUUCCCUUUGGACAGUGAGCCUAUUAUAAGAUGUACCAAAUAAAAAAAAUCAGAGCAAGCUUCCCUUCCUUUAUUUGCUUGCCUCUGAUGGAAACUGAAUUAAGAUUUUAGGAACCUGGACCUUUGAGAACAUGACACUAACAGGUGGUGAUCACAGAGGAUAGGUACAAAGGUCUUGAAACUUGCUUAGAGCUUUGUUAUGUAGUGGUGCACAAAUCUUAGCUUGUUGCACCAUCACUGGCAAAUCUCACCAUAUCAUAGAUGGGUAUGAGUAUUUGUAUAAGUGUGUGAGUGCUGGUGUGUGUGUGCAUGCACAUAUUGUAUGCACACCUGUGUGUACCUGUAUACAUGUGAUUGUAUGUACCCAUUGUGUGUAACUGUCAAAAAAAUUGCUUCACAUUUAAUGUGCAACUUUCGGAGUAGUAUAAUGUUUAUCUAAAGUUUCUCACCACUCGGUUUUGAUAUCUUUGAACGUGUACUUCUAUCUUUGAGCAGGCUUAUAGUACAUGUUGCUAAACUAACUUUUCUGAAGAACCGAGUUGACUUCUAUUUUUUUCCUUGCCUAUCAACCAAAGGGAGGGGUGGGGGACUCGUUUUUGUUUUUCCUUGUGAAUGUGCUGAGGAGAGGAUUUGGCUACAGUACCAAUCACUGCUCUGGUCACUGCUAGUGCAUCAACUUUAUCAGUUCCUUCAGACUCCUCUCUUUUUGCAACCUAAUCAAAUUGUGUGGCUUUUGUUUUGUUAUGGUAACAAUGCACUCUUUAGGCAGCCUUUUCUCGAGUCUCAAGCCUUCUGUCACCUUUUUUUUUUCAAGUAAGUUAAGUCAUAAUCGUUCAGAAUUGUGGAUAAAAAGAUUAUUUGAGGGAAAAUGCUAUAUCACUUUAUUUUCACAGUAGGUUCUGAGGCUGCCAGCCGACAGGGUACAGCACAGAUGCAACACUUGCUGAAUAAAUGAAUGGGAAACCUCAUACACAACAGUACAUACAAAUAGUAACAGGUACAAAUAGUCACAAGUACUGCAUAACAAAUAUGCAAAUCUUUUUGACACUACGUCUUAGUUUACAGACACAAUUUAUUCAGUAUUUUGCUGGAAGGAUCUUUUUAGAAUAUGUGUACCAACAUAUCACUUACCUUCCAGCUACCAGUUUAUGCUGCUGUUUAGAAAAACCAAUGAUGGAGUGAUUUUUUUUGUGACCUCUAUAUUUAAUUUGGUCGCAGGCAUAGUCAUUUGGUCAGUAAGAACUAAAACUUGACAGUUUCGAAAGUUUAUUACAUUUGCAAUUUCUGCUUCACAUAUCUGCUUUGAGUUGCUCUGGCUUUGUCUUCCUUUAUAAAUACUCUUAUACUUGCUUUUCUUUGUAAACAUCUCAUUUGCGGUUUUGGGAGACAACCUUGCAACUCUGUAUAAUGUUUUAUAUAUGUAUGUGUGUGUAUAUAUAUAUAUAUAUACACACACAUAGAUAUAUCUGACUUGGCUUUCCAUAGAGGUACUUGCAAUAAAU